UCUAUGCCUGAAUAUAUGUUCCGCCACAUACUAUCAUAUAAGCAAACUUUCGUGCUGAUACUGUAUACGAUAUUGGUUUUGGAGGUUCAUGCUGGUGCAGAUAUAUGCACAAAGUGUUCUUGCAAGUCAAAUGGAAAUGUAGAUUGUGGUUCUCGUCAAUUAACAUCAGUACCCCAACCGAUUCCGCCAACUGUUGAAAAUUUAAAUCUUCGUCAAAAUCAAAUCAAGACCCUCCCACAAGGAGUCUUUCAAAAUCAUCCAAGUUUACAGAAAAUAGAUCUUAGAAACAAUCAGAUCACUACCAUGUCACACGGAGCCUUUGAAAAUCUUCCAAAUUUAAAGUCAUUGUAA